CCAUCUCUAAAUUGAAUACAUUCAACAGCCCAUGGUAAUAACCCUCUACGGACACACUUUACACUAUUGAAGAGUACGGAAUAGAUAGGUGGAUAACUUCAACUUGAAAAAACAAAGAAAAUUCAAAGUCAAAAAUAAAUCGCAGAGCUGUAAUCACUCUUUCAUUUUGCCUAGUCGUGCCGCCACAAACUGGAUCAAAACAACCUUCUUGACAUGGCUUAUUCCAAACCAAAAACCCUAAAAAUACCGAAGCCAUUCCUCAACACUUCUUCACCCAUAAACUUAAUUAUCUUAGUCUUGCAACAAUGGCUUCUUUAUUUCAUUGCCUUCUUUUAUUCCUUAUUCUCUUUUCCGUCUCCACAGCACAAAAGACAUCAUUCCGUCCCAAAGCUCUCGUCCUUCGCGUCACCAAAGACGAGUCUACUCUCCAAUACUACACCCGCGUGGCUCAGCGGACCCCUGCGAUUCCCAUCAAAUUAAGCAUAGAUCUUGGCAGUGAGUUCCUUUGGGUAGACUGCGAAAAUGGCUACAAUUCCUCAACCAAAAAGCCCGUACCAUGCCGCUCGGCACAAUGCUCCCUUAGUGGGUCGAAGGCUUGUACCUCAAACACUAACCCAUCAGACGACGUUUGCAUUGAGUCUCCUCAUAACCCUUUUACCAACACCGGCACUGCCGAUGAGUUCUCUCAAGACAUCAUCUAUAUCCAAUCCACAGACGGCAAAAAUCCCGGCAAAGUCGUCAACGUGCCGAAGUUUCUCUUCACUUGCGCACCGACUUUUAUUCUAGAAGGACUGGCCAAAGGAGCUGUUGGUAUCGCCGGCCUUGGAGGGAACAAAGUUUCCAUGCCUUCCUUGUUCUCCGCCGCUUUCAGCUUUCCAAGGAAGUUCGCCGUUUGCUUGUCCUCUUCAACAUCAGAAACUCAAAACGGCGCCGUAAUAUUUGGGGAUGGACCUUAUGUGUUGAGUCCUGGAAUCGACAUAUCCAAGUCUUUGACUUACACCCCACUCGUCUUAAACCGUAAAAGCCUCAUAGGCUGUUUCCCCGGCGAGGCUUCUGCGGAGUACUUCAUCGGAGUGAGGUCGAUUAAGGUCGGUGGAAAGCAAGUGCCGUUGAAUUCUACGCUGCUAUCUUUUGACGAAGACGGCCAUGGCGGAACAAAGAUUAGCACCGCUACACCUUACACGACGCUGGAAACUUCCAUAUACAAAGCCGUAGUCGAUGCGUUUGUGAAAGCUCUUGGUGUCCCUACAGUUCCCGCAGUGUCGCCAUUUACCGCGUGCUUUAGUACGCUAAAAAUCGGGAGCACGGUGAAUGGACCGGACGUGCCUCCGAUCGAUUUUGUGUUGCAGAGUGAGAAAGUGGUGUGGAGGAUUCAUGGUGCCAACUCCUUGGUCUUUGUUGGUAGUGACGUGGCAUGUCUGGGAUUUGUUGAUGGUGGUCCACUUCACUUCGUUGACUGGGGUAUUAAGUUCACCCCAACUGCUAUUGUGAUUGGAGGGCAUCAAAUUGAAGAUAAUCUUCUUCAGUUUGAUUUGGCUACUUCCAGACUUGGUUUCAGCUCUUUGUUGCACAACAAGAAAACUGGUUGCUCCAGCUUCAACUUCACCUCCAUUGAUGAUUAGAGUUAACCCACUAUCAGUAUUUAGGCGAUUAAUAAAUGGCCAUCUAUAAUAGCUUGAUCGAUAUAUAUAUAUAUAUAUAUAAGCAUGGUUCAGCUUAAACAAUAUUAAUGUUGUAGAUUUGUUCUAUAAAAGUACUUAUUUUUUACUGCGUGUUUAUUUUAUAUAUAAGACUAUAAUACUAAAAAUGUCGAGUGAAAUAUGUAAGAUUAUUGAAGAGUAUUUGGAUAUUGAUUCAAAUAUACUGUUCUUAUUU